CACAAAAGAGCGCUCAGCCCAUUCGCACGCAAUCAGAGGACACGGUAACCGAAGUGAAGUCGCAUAAUGGAACACGAUUUACACAAACCCGAGAACAGUUUCCUGUAGAGGACAGCUACGCCGUGCGCACUUCGCGCAGUUCCGACGUGGACCCUUGACUCAGUGAUAGCGUCCUCGCCACCGCGAUAAAGACCGAUAUUGUUCGAGCGCUCGGUCUGCGAGGAAAGCAGUUGGGCAUCUUGCUUGCACCAUCGGAGAUUGUCAACCGCCGCGCAAGUUAUCCUACGGACACCUCCACUUCGUUGAAGUCGCCCGUGCAACAUAUUCCGAAAUGAGUGCUCCACCCCCCAACAUGGGAUACCCCCCGGGCACCAUGCCACCCCAGGGCUACUACCAACCGCCGCCGCCUGGCUACUACCAGCCCAUGCCACCCCCGGCGCAGAUGCAGCCGGCCUACAACCCGGUUUACGUCCAGCAACCGCCGACAGCGCCCCCUGUCACCGUCGUGGUGGAGCAAGCACCGAGACCCGUAGCGCCAGCCCAGACUGUGAUCGUGGAAGAACACCGGCCAGUAAGCACCGGUUUGGGCGUCGGCGCCGGCGUGGCGAUGGGCAUGGUGGCCGGCGCCGCGCUGGCCUCUAGCCACAGCCACCACACGACACACCACCACCACCACGGGCUGCUGGGCCACCGCGCCCCCGUGAACGUGCACGUCCACCCCGGACACCACCACCCGACCACCUUGGCGGGCAGAAUCAUUCAGGCUCGGCGUCGACACUGAACACCAUAGCAGUCGCCAGCGAGAAUGCUUGAGAAGGUUGGGCAGGUCAUCCAAACGAUCGACAGUGCGAUAGUCAGUUCGGAAAGAUGCGAGUUUAUUGGCAGCGGUUGGAAAAACAACCUAAGCAGAAUGGCACACAGCGAGAACGGAGCACGAGGAUCGGCUCAUCUACAGGGUAUCCCAAGAAAACAAGUUACGGGGUUGUACUUUUUUUUUUUUUUUCGCAAAAAUAGAUUAUGUAUUGCCCAAUGCUAAUUUUUGGCCCUAGUGUAGAGCUAUAAGGUCCGAACCAGACGCCAAAAUUUCACAACAGUGACCGCCAUCUUAAUUAAAAUUUGUAAGUGAUUUUCUGAUAUGAAGUUUUCAAAAGGAAAAUGGCGGCCGACGGAGCAUCAGGAUAUUACCAUAACCGGGCCCCAUUUUCCCAUUGAAAUUAUUUUUCAAAAACCACCUAAAAAGUUUGAAACGAGAUAAAGCUUAUUUCUGAAACCCUGGCAUCCGAUUCGAACCGUUAGCGCUACAUUUAGGCGAUCUGAUGCUUAAUUUUACAGGAAAAAAAAAAAUAUUUUUUAGGAGGGGGGGGGGGGGGGGGGGGGGGUGCAAGGGUUUACGUUUUACAAGUGGCGGAGACGUGGAGUACGGAGAAGAGUGCAAUGACAGUUGUGUCCCUACUACUUGCCUUUUUUGAGUAACCUAUUUGCAGCUGGGUUUAUCUUUUACCUCUUGAACGCGGAAAAUGCAGAAUCGCACUCUCGGCAUGACCUGCGCAAGCAACACAUCUUCGUUCCCAAAGGCAACUCUUUUUUUAUAUUAUUAGUAGGGAGGUUUUAGGCAUAGUAAGUUGCUGUUAUACACGUGUAUUUAUCUGUUUGAACUGUCCAAUAAAAGUUCUUUAAAAUGUG